CCUUCAUAUCUUUUCUCUUUAUUCCCAACACAAAAAAGAAGAAGAAAAUGGAUGGCAAAACCUUGAUUUUCCCCAUUUUGGCAAUAGUUUUAUUCAUCACACAAACAGCUACAGGUACGAAAGAGUCGUACACAAACUUCAUCAAAACCAAAUGCAACCAAACCACAGAGCCUACACUUUGUGUGAAAACCCUAAUGCCGUAUGCUUGUACCGUGAAAAACAACCCCAUAAUACUUUGCAGAGAAGCCCUUAAAGUAGCGAUAAAAGGCACACGCAGCGCGGGUGUGCUUGUGUCGAAUCUUGAAAAAAAGGAGGGAAUUUCCAAAUAUGAAGCUGUGGCUUUUAGAGACUGCGUAGAAGCUGUGAAAAGUGCAGAAGACGAACUGAGGAAGACUGUUAAAACAAUAGGACAUCUAAAUGGUGCUGAAGACAAAGAAUCUCAGUUGCAUAACGCUAUAUCGUACACAAGUUCUGUAUUAACAAAUGUACAAACAUGCAUCUAUGGUUUCGACGAAUUGGAGGAAAAGGCAAAUCCCAAUGUGGCGAUGGGGAUAUCUAGAAGCAUGGGUGUUAUUAUAGAUCUCUCCAGCAAUGCCUUGUCGCUCAUUACCCAUCUUUAAUUUAACGAUUCUAUGCUUUCAUUUGUUUUAACCCUCCCUAGGAAGCUCUCACUUUGCUGACUCGAACGAGUUUGGAAAUGAGGGGUUCUUACCAUUAGUUUUGUGGUUCAGAUCCAUAGAUUUGAUAAUAAUUAAUUUCUUCUUAUAAUAUAUUUGUGGAUCUGAUAUCAUUUUUAUUUGU